AUGUCGGAGAAGCGUGAUGCCGAGCAGGUGUUGGAAGGUUCUGAAUCUGUAGAAGAUGCAACAGGAAGCGUCGGCGGCGAGAAUGCUUCAGCUAAUGUUGGAGCCGGUAAUGGAGCUGAAGUAGCUGAUGAUACAGCUAAUCAGGAAUCCAGUUCCACUGGGGGGGAUAGAGCUGACUAUGGUAACAGGGCUGUAAUGAAAAGGAUUGAUUCUAUAGAAACUACUGAUGGAGGAAAAGAUGACAUGUUUGUUGACUGCUCAGAGGAGUUAGCAAGUUCUGAUAAUAGGGAGGCGACUGGAUUUGCAAACCAGGAGCGGUCAGAUGGAAAGGAGGACAUGCAAGGAACCUUUGUUCAUGAGUCGGAGAAUGGGAUGAGAGUUGAUGAAUUGAUGGAUCAGCUGGUACACCUGAGGGCUAUGCUUGAGAAAACCAUUGGUGAGAAAGAAAGUUCUGUGCAGCAAUGCAAGGAAGAAAAGGAUGCCUUCAUAAAAGAACUCACUGAUCUUCUCUGUCAGCUCAAGGGUCUGAAUGCUCAACAGUCAUUGCUUAAUGAACAUCAUAGUAGUUUGACUGAAAGAAUUCAUAAAGCAGAUAUAGGAGAGGUGGUUGAAAGGAUAUCUUUCUCUGAUAAUCCACUGCAUGAGCUGAUAAAUGAAUGCUCCAGUUUUGUUGGAAGUGCGUUGGCUGAGCAUUCACAGAUUGAGGGAACAGUAGGAGAGCUCCAUUCAAUGCUAUCUAUGAAAGAUCAGGAAAUUGAAGAUCUUCAUGUGAAGUUUACUGAAUUGUCUAUGUCUCAAGAGGUUAUUGUUUCUUUCUUAAGUGGAGCUCAGGAAAGUUGGUGUGAUUCAUUUAAAGUGUUUCCAGAGGUUUUGGAUGAGCAACGACAUAUUGAGGCUACUGUGAACAGAGUAUUAUCUUCUCUUGCCAUGACAAUUAAUGAAGAAGAUUUGUUGGAUGACUCUAUUAUGGGGAAAAUGUCUUGUGUUGAGAAAAAAAUGUCUCUGCUAGUUGGGAAAUAUAACCAUAUCCUUUCUGAAAUUGAUAUACUCAAGCAGUGUUUAACCGAUCUCAAAGGAAAGGAGGCAGAGCUGACUCAAAAAAUAAGUCACUUGGAAGAUGAUAACAAGAAACUGCUGGAACAGCUUGAGAAAGGGAGAGAGAUGGCAGAGAUGGCUAAUGCAGAUGUUGAAAAGCUCAGAGUAGAACUUGAACAGGAGAAAGCAAGGUAUGCGAAUACCAAAGAAAAGCUUGGCAUGGCUGUAACAAAAGGAAAGGCAUUGGUUCAGCAGCGAGAUUCACUCAAACAGUCCCUGGCUGAGAAAACAAGUGAGCUUGAGAAAUGUCUGACUGAGUUACAGGAGAAGUCAAGUGCCCUUGAGGCUUCUGAAAUGAGGAGGGAAGAACUUGUUAGAACUGAAAAUUUGGCCAUGUCAUUGCAGGAAGCACUCUCUGAAAGGGACGUUAUUUUCACAAAAUGUGAAGAGAUUUUGUCUCAGAUCCCUGCACCACAAGAACUUUGGUCAGCAGAUAUACCAGAGAGAAUUAGAUGGUUGGUGGAUGAGAGAAAUACUUUGAUGGGUGUUACAGUGGAACUUAACAAAGUGGCAGAUGCCUUGUCUUUGAUGGAUUUACCUGAGACUGUUUCGUCUUCCAACUUGGAGUCCCAAGUAAGUUGGCUUGUGCAAUCAUUUUCACUGGCUGAGGGCCAAACCAAUGAACUGCAAGAUAAAAUUUCUAGGAUCACUGAAGCUGCCCAAAAUGGAAUAGAGCAUCUAACCACAUUGUUUAUAACAGAAACACAAGAGAAGCAUUACAUCAAAGAGGAGUUGGAAGAGCUAGCUCAGAAGUACAAAGAGCUUGAGGAGGAGGAGUAUCAAGCUUCACUGGAGAAGGAGCAGAUGGUUAACAUCCAAGGGAAGUUAGAAGAGCUAACCCAGAAGAACACAGAGCUAGUGGAAAAGGAGUAUCAGGCUUCACUGGAGAAGGAAAAGAUAGUUAACAUGCUCAUAGAGUUGUCUGGAGUUACAAUUGACUCUAAAGAAGAGGGAUAUCAACCUGCCUCUGAGGUAGAGAUGCUUAUUGACAGAUGUUUUAGUAAGGUCAAAGAACAGUGUAAUGCUUCCUCUAAAACUUCCAGUGUUGAACCAGAAAUGUUUGAAAAAAUCCAAACUCUGCUGUAUAUAAGUUAUGAGGAGCUGAUGUUAUGUGAGGAAUUAUUGGACGAGGAGAUAUUCAUUAGAUCAAAGGUGAAUAAUCUAUCAGAUGAGUUGAGAGCUGUAUCUCAAGAACUUCAAUUGGUGAAAGAUGAAAAAAGUGUGUUGGAGAAAGAUCUUGAACGUUCUGAGGAGAAAUCUGCUCUGGUGAGGGAAAAAUUAUCAAUGGCUGUUAAGAAAGGCAAGGGACUAGUUCAAGAGCGGGAGAACUUGAAGAAACUUAUUGAUGAAAAAUCAUCAGAAAUUGAAAAGUUAAAUCUUGAUUUACAGCAGCUAAAAACUGCACUUGGUGAUUGCAAGGAACAGAUUCAUAAAUUGUCUACUAAUGUGGAACUCAUCCCCAAGUUGGAGGCUGAUCUUGAAACCACAAAAGAUAGCAAGGAUCAACUGGAGGGGUUCUUAGCAGAGAGCAAUGGCAUGCUGCAGAAAGUGAUUGAAUCAAUUGACAGUAUUGUUCUUCCAGAUGGUUUAACUUUUAAUGAACCUGUAGAGAAGGCACAGUGGCUUGUAGGGCAUCUCAGUGAAUGUCAGGUAGCGAAAAACCUUGUGGAGCAGGAGGUAGAGAAACUAAGAGUGCAAGCCACUUCUCUUUCCAGUAAAUUAGCAGAAGCCUAUACUGCUAAAGAAGCAUCAGAAAAGGAACUUGCAAUUGCAGAGACUAAUGUUUCUAAACUACUUGAGGAAAAGAAGGAACUAGAAGUUGGUAAAACAUAUGUGGAACAAGAGCUACAGAAAGCACUGGAGGAAGCUACUUCCCAAGCCGACAAGUUUGCUGAAGUUUGUGAAACAAGAAGGUUGCUUGAGGAUGCCUUGUCACAAGGUGAGAAUAAGAUUUCCAUUCUUUUGAAUGAGAAAGAAGAUGCUCAAGCUAAUAGAAUUGCUGCAGAGACUGAGCUGGAAAAACUGAAGGAGGAAAUCACUGUUCAGAGUACCAAACUUGCAGAAGCCUACAGAACUAUAAAAUCACUUGAAGAUGCUCUAUUUCAAGUGGAGACAAAUGCUUCUUUGCUUGCUGAGGAAAAUAACAAUGCUCAAGUUGGUAGAACUAAUUUGGAGAAUGAAAUGAAGAAGCUGAAAGAAGAAGCUGAUUUACAGGCUAGCAAGCUUGCAGAUGCCAGCACAACAAUAAAGUCGCUGCAAGAUGCAUUGUUGAAGACACAGAAUAAUAUAUCUGAACUUGCCAAUGAAAAGAAAAAUGCUGAAGAGGAGAUUUCUACACUCAAUACCAAGUUAAAUGCAUGUGUGGAAGAGUUGGCUGGAACCAGUGGCAGAUUAGAAAGUAGUUCUGCAGAGCUCUCCAGUCACCUUAAGAAUCUUGAGCUGCUAUUGAGAGAUGAGACGCUAUUAUUUUCGCUCACACGGAGCUUUGAGACAAAAAUCGAGAGCCUCAAAGAUAUGGACCUCCUCUUAAAAGACAUAAAAGAUCAUUUCACUGAAAUAGGGUCAGAAACACUACAAAGUUACCCUAUCAAAAAGGAAAGUUCUUAUUUGUCAAAGUUUUCAGCUGGCCUAAACGACUUGGCUAAUAUUGGAAUGGGCAAUGGGGAUGGCAGAACAGAGGGAAAUGACAGUAUUGAGUCAUAUUUUAGACAAACAAUGGAAGCAUUUCGUUUUAGGGACAAGAUUCUUGCAGAUAAACUUGAAGGUUUCUCUACUUCCAUGGAUGAGUUCAUUGUAUCUAUUUUGACCAAAUUACAGGCAACAAGAGAUGUGGUAAUAGUUCAGGUUCAGCAAAUGAGGUCGUUGAAGCAAGAAGUAGGUAGUUUGGAAAUGGAUAGACAGGAACAGGAAAAUAGAAUAGCAGUUUUGGAAAAUGAUGUUACAGUUUUACUAUCUGCCUGUACUGGUGCUACUCAGGAGCUGGAGAAUGAAGUUAAGAACUAUCUAGUGGAACUGAACUUUAUGCCUGAGCUGGAGAAAUCCGGCAGCUUCUCUGAAGUGAGAGAAGUUGGCGUAGAUGCAGACCAGCAUAGGCUUGACAGCAGCAAAUAUUUUAAGAUCACAGACGACCUUUUUCUGGCUGCUAAGAAAGUUACUGCUCUUGCUAAAAAGUUUGGGGAUGUAAGAAAUGUGUUGGCCACUGAAAUCAAAGAUUUAGAGAUCAAAUUGGCAGAAACCAGAACAAUGCUGGAAUAUGCCACGGAAGAAAAAGACUUAAAUCAAAAUAGGGUUUUGAGGUUGGAGAGUAACUUGGAAGCAUUGCAAAACUCCUACCAAGAAAUGAAGUUCAAAUUAGAGGAUUAUCAGGCAAAAGAGGGUAAGUUGCAUGACAGAGAAGCAGAAAUUUCACUGUUGCAGAAUAGUUUAUUGACAAAAGAACGAGAGGAUGAAGACUCAUUUCUGUCACCAUCCCAACUGAAAUCCCUUUAUGAUAAGAUAAAUGGCAUUGAAGUUCCUUUUGCAGAGUUAAAAGUAGGAGAUACAGAGUUCCAGGAUUCAGACAUUGCAAAGAAGCUGUUCUACGUAAUUGAUGCUGUUGCUUUGAUGCGCGACCAGAUGAACUUAUUGUCUCAUAACAAUGAAGAGCUGCAUUCUACCCUUCUAAAACAAGUUCGUGAUUUUGAACGUCUCAAGGAGGAAUUUAAAGCACAGAAUAGAGAAAAGGAAGACUCUAACAAAAUGAAGAGUGAAUUAUUUGAAAUCAGAUUAGGCUUAGAAAAUCUUGUUUACAGGUUGCCUGGUAAUGAUUUUGCUGAAGAGCAAAAAUCUGCUGGUGUGAUGGAAGUAUUACCGGUGCUGGAAAAGCUGGUCACGUCCAUAAUUUUGGAUUGCGAAAAUUCAAAAUCUAAAGCACAGGAACUCAGUGUCCAGUUACUUGAAAGUCAGAAGGUUGUGGAGGAAUUAUCAACCAAGGUUAAACUGCUUGAAGAUUCUAAUAAAAAGAGUUCCCCUACACUGGAGGGUGUUCAGGAUAGAAGCAUGUUUGAAGCACCUCCUUUGCCUCCUCGUUCAGAGAUAACUGAAGUUGACGACGUGGGACCAAUUGGGAAGAAAGCAGUUGCUUCUGCCCCUUCUGCUGCUCAUGUGCGAACCCUACGUAAGGGAUCAAGUAACGACCACCUUGCAAUCAGUAUUGAUUCAGAGUCUGACCAUUUGGUCAAUAAAGAGGAAACAGAUGAAGAUAAAGGUCAUGUAUUUAAGUCUCUUAAUACAUCGGGUCUCAUUCCAAGACAUGGAAAGAUGAUCGCAGAUCGAAUUGAUGGAAUCUGGUAA